UACACACAUUGUCAACAAUGUCGACUGCUCGCAAACCACCUCGAGCAACAUGCCAGAGCCUCUGAGAAAGCGGAGAGCUGUGCGGAAAGGGACGCGCAACUGCUGGGAAUGCAAGCGGCGCAAAGUUCGCUGUAAGUUUGCUUCGCAGGCGUCACUCGCCUGCGAAAACUGCAUUCACAGGCACACAACUUGUGUGAGCCAGGAAUAUGAACAAGAUGAAGAUCUAAAUGUUGAAAUUCCUGCGAUCGGGCUUGAGGCUCGUUUGACGAAGGUUGAGGGUCUGUUGCAGCAGGUUCUCGACCAAAGCAGACAAAGAUCUCCCAUCAACCAGGCCCGCGUUGAGAAUGCUCCUGUGUAUGCUCACAAUCCAAGCUGCGAGACCUCUUUGUUCCCCACAAACAGUUUUCAGAUUACACCCUCUUCGACUUCGCAGUCUGAACUGGAAUCACCAAUCACGCCCGCCAGUGAACAUACCAGCAUUUCUCAAAGCCUCCUUGCUAUAUGGCCAAAUCAAUAUGAGCUUGAGUACAUCUACGGUCUGCCAGCUCAUCUCUCGCCAAAUCAACCACUACGACCAUCCACGUCAGCAGUGGAUGCGAGUUCAGUGUCGGUGCGUGCGAUGCUGCAACUGCCGCUGCUGGAACUACACCCGGUUCUUAUAGCGCAUAGGAUGCUCAAGCUCGCGGGCUUACUUCAAGGAGCGUUAUCAACGUACGACUUACCGGCGCAGCGACGCGAAAGGUUCGAACAGCUUGAGUCAAACAUAGCCGACACGGUCGCCAAGUUAGUCACAACGAACGAUGAGUUGACUUCCUCAAUCGAGGGCAUAGAGUGCAUCGCGAUGGAGGCAUUGAUGCAAAACCAUGCGGGAAAGCUCCAUCAAGCAUGGAGAACACUGCGCCGAGCGACGACUAAAGCCCAAACCCUGGGUUUGUAUCGAAACAUGUCUUUGCCUCGCCAUUAUUUUCUUGACCCUCAAAAUUACUUGAACUUUGAUGUCGAAUACCUCUGUUUCAAGAUCGUUUGCAUGGAUUGCUAUCUAUCGAUGACACUGGGACUUCCGCACGCCGACCAUCUGCCGUACGCGAUUGUGCCUCAGCAACUGUCUUCAUUCAAACCGAUCGAUCAAAUGGCCCGUCUACAGUGCCAAAUAGCUGAACGGCUCAUCGAACGAGCUAGACAUGACUCUAGUGAGGAUCACGAUAUCGACCUGCUGCUACUGGAAGCCACCGCCCACAUGCCGCACUCGUGGUGGCUGGUACCAGAGCCCAGUCAGCGCCACGACAUCGAGCCAGACCAUGACAGCAUCCUUACCCGCUUCACCUACCAAAUCUCGCACUACCACCUGCUACUACGACUGUAUCUGCCGUACGUACUCCAGCCGCUCGACGGAGCCGGAGUCGCGCGCGGAAAGCGCAUGGCCUGGACCGCCAGCCGUGCAAUCCUGUCUCGCUUCCUCGCCUUUCGCAAAUGGAACAGCAGUCGUUACUACUGCCGGGGCAUGGAUUUCCUGGCGUUGGUCGCGCUCACCGUGCUGUGUGUCGCGCACAUCGACUCUCGACGCAUGGGCGCAGCCUCGACCGAUACGUUGAGUGAGCUCGCGCACAGCUAUGCCACCGACAGAGGCAUGAUGCAGCAGACGCUGCGCAUCAUGCAGUGGGUCGAUUCCGAUGAACUUGCGUUGAAUCUGGCCAGGAUGAUGCAGAGCUUGCUGGAUGUUGAGGCUGAUGCGGCAGAUGGGACGGAGUAUAGCGCUACUGCAAUGCAUAGCCAUGUUGGCGCAACUGAAUACCAGAGCGAGCUUCUUGACGAGGGACGGAAGCUCCAGCUUCGGAUUCCUUACUUUGGAACUAUAAUGUUGCAGCGCGAGCCGGGCUCCGCGCAGAAUGAUGUUGCGACCGCACCAGAUGGCUUCACUUUUGAGGCAGAGUUUGACUGCGGGAUUGACUGGUCGCAGCAAGCGGCUGCGUGUGACGAUUGGACGUUGCAGAAUGUUAAUCAAGCCCUCUUCCUCGAUCUUUUUGGAACCACCUGAUAGUAUCUUGUCCACGAUAUUCGUACAAGAGGCGUAUAUGCCAUU